ACGACCUCCUUUUCUCCUCGCGCGAAUCGCUUCAGGAACUUGAAAAUCAAAAAAUAACCAGAAAAAUCGAGAUAUUUCUUGCCUUGCAUUUUUCUUGUGGGAAGCAGCAGAAAAUCUAGGGCGAAAUCGGAGCUCGAAUCGGAGCUGAGAAAGAAAAAGAACUUGAGAUGUCGGUUUGAGCUGUGACUGAGCUAAGCUGAGGGGGUCAAAUUCAGAAAUUGUGAGAAAAUAUCAUAUGUUAGUCCUUUCCUAUUCAGAAAUUGUGAGUUAUCUGUUACACCUUUUCUUUUCUGGGUAUUGGAGGACUCCACAAUCUAUUCCCAUCUGAUCCGAUCAAUUGCUAUCCAUGGAUUUUAUUUUAUCCAAACCACACAACUGAAAUUCUCGCCACUGAUUACAUUCCUUGGAGGAAUUUGAUUCCGCUAUCUGGUGGACCAUGCAAAAAUCGAUUUGGAGAUGGUCUUGUUGUUGCCAUUCAUAGGCAUUAGGGGAGCGGCAAUUGCCAAUCCAGCCCAGUUGGGGUGGCAAAGUUGACUUGGUCUUGGGUUCAACCAAUCAGAAGCAUCCAAGGUUUUGGUGUUGUUUCCUGUAACUUGCCCACCAAAGAAAGGGUCGGCCGACAAUGGGGAAGCCGCUUUUUUAUGAGAUCUGGGAAAAACCUGCCACUAGCUGUAUAAUAGCAAUCUGCAGUGCAGUUUGGUUUUACAUUCAGAAGAAAAACAUUGGUUAUGCACAUGUGGGUUUGAGUUAUGAAGCGGCCCUCGAGGGGCAGCAUUGGAGGCUCAUUACAUCAGCUUUCUCCCAUAUCAGCGUGCUUCAUCUGGUUUUUAACAUGAGUGCCCUUUGGAGCCUCGGAGUAGUAGAGCAAUUGGGCCAUGUGGGUCUCGGCAUUGAGUUCUAUCUCCACUACACGCUUGUUUUGGUAGUGUUGUCAGGGCUGCUGGUUUUGGGGGCUUACCAUGUUUUGAUUCAGAGAUUUAAGAUAGAGUAUUUCCGGAGGGUGACAGCUGUCGGUUACUCAUGUGUUGUGUUUGGGUGGAUGACGAUCCUCUCCAUGAAGCAACCAUCUUCGAAGUUGGAUCUUUUCGGAUUUCUUUCCUUGCCCAUCAGCUUCGCUCCAUUUGAGUCCCUCAUCUUCACAUCAAUAAUUGUUCCACAAGCAAGCUUCCUUGGUCAUUUGUCGGGAAUCAUCGUUGGGUAUGCCAUUGGAUGGGGUUUGAUCCACGGGAUGAACAAUUACUGGGCCAUUUCGAUGCUUGGAUGGAUCAUCCUUGCAUUUGUAUUCAGUUUGAAGCGCACCGGCACUUUGGAGAUUACAUUUAUCGAGAUAGAACCCGUGACAGAUCCAUCUCUGCCUACUGUGGGUUUCCCUGCUUCAGGAAAUGGUAGAACGCUACAGAUGAAUGCACUACCGCUCGGAGGUUCUGAACUUGUCUAAACACCAAUUGAGAUGUCAGCAUUGUUUUCUCAUGGCAGUUACUUUCUUGUGCAUAUGACCCAAAUGAGGGCAUCCAACAUUGUUACUGGCUGGAGCUACUUUGUCAAAAUGGAAGCUUAUGUCUGCAUCAUGCUAAGGUCUCAGGCAAUCAUUGCAAGCAUACCAUUUUAUACAGCGUGUGACACACGGCAGCCAUUUGACUGGUAAAUGUGCCUUUUAACCAAGCAUUUGUCACGAUAGUUUUUUUUUUCUUUAAUUCUUAUGUUUAAUUUUUUGCAAUGUUUCUGUGAUGAUACUCAAGCAAUCUAUUACUCAGAUCACAUGGGGUGGAGAAAUUUUUUGGUUUGUUGCUUUAGAGCAGGUUACUGAAGGAACUUCGGUGUUUGUUUUCAUGUAUUUUACAUUUCGAUCAAUCUACUCUAAAACUUCAGG